GUCGAGUUCACGAACGAUCCCAGUACCAGUACAAGCAACUACACCAGGCACUACACGGACAAUCACUCCAGCAAGAUAGUCUUCAGUAACAUGUCGGCAUGGGGACCUGUGGCCAAGUCCUUCGUGCAAGCCCAGGCGAGGGAGUAUGACAUGAUAGGGUUUACGGAGACGCACAUGUCAGGUCUGAAGUUCGGCGGCGCCAAUGAGCAGACGUUGAUACGCAUUGCAGCGUCCUUGCGACAGGUGAAGGAUCCAUGGAUUUCGAUGGGCGGUUGGAAUGCGAAGCCGAGCGAUUGGGAAGCGACGAAGUGGCUCACGAAAGUUGGAGGUCAGCUGGUCGCCCCGAGCAACGGAGAGGUGACAUGCAACCGUGGCAGAGGGUCACUCAUUAACAACGUUAUUGCGAAGGUCGGCUUGGCGGACCCCCUGAUGCUCAGGAUUGUUCCUGAGGUCCCGUGGCGCACGCACGUGGGUAUGUGCAUUCACGUCAAGUACGGCAAGAUGGGCUGGUGGAACAGGACGAUGAUCACGGCGAAGGGUCUACCCACGUUGCCGAGGCCAACGACCAGGCCCGACCAAGAGAGCAAGAGGCAGAAGAAGCUGCAGGAGGCCAAGAUGAAGCGACUCGAGAGGCUAGAGGAACAUCUUCAGGAGACCUACGAAGAACUCAACCGUGAGCCGUCGGCUUCGGUGUCCAGCGUCGCGUUCGCCAUCAGCACCGAGCACUGGAAGCAG